AUGUCGCCGACUACGAAACGACUCCCCACCGGCGGUGCCAAGGAGACCCGCUCUCACCACUCCAGUCCCCUUUCCAGCAUGGCGCAAUCCUCGCAGCGGAAGUCCGGCAAGGGCCUCCCCUCCGGCUCGCUGACUUCCGAUCGGAAACGACGAGCGGCGUCUAUCUCCAGCGUGUCCUCGGUCUCCUCAGUCCCGGAGAUUAGCGACGAGGGAAACGACUCGGAAGAAGAUGCGGAUGAUGAAGAUGAUCAGCCUGCUGUCCGGGCCCCGUCUUAUGGUCGUCGCGACCGGGGUCAUAAGACGGGCAUGAAGUCGUCGAAGAGGGCCAAGAAAAUGAGAAUCUCGGACGACGAUGGCUACGACGGCCAGCGUAGUAGCGAUGAUAAUGAUUCGGAUGAUAGCUCCGAUGAUGUUUAUGCGGCCGUCGACUACAUCAGCGACGGUGACGAUGAAGAAGAUCGAGACGUCGAGAAGCUGGAGGAGUUGCUCAUUGUCGAGUCGGAAGACGAGCACUCCCUCGGGGGUAUGUUGGCCGCUUCGGACGUCUCGAGUGCUCACGAUUGGGCCGGUCCCAAUGUGUUUGACGACCACAUGCUGUUGUCGGCCGCCUCCUUUUUUGAUGAAGAACAACUGUACACGGCCAUGGAGGUGUUUGGCGAAGCAGACAUGGCCAGCGAGACCGCCAUUGAGACUCCGGUGGCCCGCCGGGUGCACUUUGAGGAAGACUCCGACUCUUCCUCGGACAGUGACUCGCACUCGGAUGACGAGAUCCCCAGUGAUUUCCUUCAGCAGGAUGCCCUCGACCCCCAGCUUCGUCGCAUGAUUGAGAACGACAAUGAGAACUACGCCACACAUCGUCGGCAAUCGAAUGAGAUGUAUGCCGAGUCCGACUAUGGACAUUCGAAUAUCUAUCACGUGGAGUCCGAUGCCAUCUCCGAUGCAUCGGAGUCGAGCGGCUAUGAGACCGAUGAUGGCGAGACUACAGAUGAAGACCUUCCCCCUCCCGCAACCAUCACCCACCCCCGGUCGAUCCUGCGCCGGGACUCGUCUGCGUCGCUGGCCCCUACCGGUGAUGACAAGAGCGAUACUACCAGCCGUCGACGGGGUCCCAUCAUGGGCACUUUCGUUGCGGAUCCCCAUAAGCCCGUCGCUCUCGUGGACUGCACGGGGAAGCAUUUGGUGAUUAUUCCGGCGUACGCCUCCUCGCGCCAUGACUGGCUAGAGUCUGCGACCAACAGCGUGUGUGGUACCGCGAAUAACAGCCCGCGGGCCACGACGAUGCAUCUGAUCGACGAGAGUGACACGGAUGCGCUCGCCUCGCCCAACCAUGCGGACUUGAGCCCGAUGCUGGCCUCGAGUGCUAAUCUCAUGAUGACCGCUCUGGGCAAUGACAUUGCGCCUGGUGGGCAGGUGAUGGGCCCCCCUGAAGCGUUCUACCCGUCUCGGGAAUUUGCCAUUGAUAGCUCGUUUGAGGACGACGACGAUGAAGAAGAUCCGGAGGCAUCUCUGAACGUCGAUGACUUCAUCGACUUCGGGAACGGCUCGUCGGACGAUGACAUGGACAAGCCGUUUGAUGAAGAAUCUCUGACUUCACCUAUGGCUGCACCGAUGCCGGCGGCGACCUCGGGCACCCCUACUCCCAAUCGUGGGGGAGAGUCGCACCAGGCCAACAGUGCGGAGCGAUUCCUCAACCAUCUGGACCGGGGGAUAGUGACGGCUUUCCGUCGGAACCACAACCGGUACCAGGCGCUACUACGUCUUCCGCAACACCGAGAGUUUAUGCCAGCCAAUUCGCCCUCCCGCCCGGCGAGUGUCUUCCGACACGCGCGACAUGCCGACCAGCGCACGCCUACGCGGAAACGCAAGGCCAAUGGAUAUACGGGAGGGGAGGCGGUGCGACGCAAGCUGAUGGACGCUCAUCGCCGGAGUCAGUUGCCCUUUUGA